CCUAUAUAUAUGCUUCUUCCCUUCAUUUCUCAGAGUCCUCUGCCCCAAUCCUCAACAAAAUCGACAUCGAAAUCCCUUCUCCUAAACCGUGAUUCUCCAUUUCCCAAAUGGAUUCUUGCGCCAUUUCUUCCCCUUUUCAGACUCUAAUUUUUGAUUUGGAUGACACCCUGUAUUCAUCCAAGACUGGAAUUGGCAAAGCUCUUAAACGAAACGUUGAAGAUUUUCUUGCCGAGAAAUUCGGAAUUUCUGAAUCAGAAGCUCAGGAUAUGAACAGAGAGCUCUUCAGAACUUACGGAAGCUCCUUAGCUGGCCUCCGGGAUUUAGGGUAUGACAUUCACCCGGACGAUUAUCACAGUUUCGUGCACGGAAGAUUGCCCUACGAUUUGAUCAAACCGGACGCUAAGUUGCAUAGCAUUCUGCAAUCGAUCAAACAGCGCAAAAUCAUUUUCACGAAUUCCGACAGAAUUCACGCGAUGAAAGCGCUGGAUCGGCUCGGAAUCAGCGACUGCUUCGAGAAAAUCAUAUGCUUCGAAACGAUGAACCCUGCUCUGUGGGGACCAGCGUCGAUGGAACAUCCCGUGGUGUUGAAGCCGUCGAUGGAAGCGAUGAGGAUCGGCGUCGACGCCGCGGACGUCGAUCCCCGCCGCACGCUGUUUUUUGACGACAAUGUGAAGAAUAUUGGCGCCGGGAAGGCUAUUGGGCUCCGAACGGUUUUGGUUGGAAGAGCAACAAAGAGGCAAGAAGCCGAUUAUGCGAUAGAAACGGUGAGAGAGAUGGUGCAAUGGAUUCCAGAAAUAUGGGUGGGUGAAGGAGAAGGAGAAGGAGAAGGACUGCAGUACUAUUAGUCUUUAUUAUGUACAUAUCUUAGCUAACAAAUAAUCUUUGUAAAAUUAUAGCAUUGAAAUUGAAAUUGAAAUUCUUUUCCGUUGUUAGCAAAAA